AUGGAUUAAGGCCCAUCUCAUUCAUGCUUUUGCCCAAACCUUAAACCCAACGAAAAAGAAUCUUUACCAUUUUCAUCUCUUUCUCCAACUCUUCAGUGAACCGUCACAGUAACUGAAACGAUCCCAUUGUCGUUAUGGCAGUUACUCUGAAAAGAUUAUCCUCAAUUCCUCCUUUCAUUUUCAGGAACUUUCCUCUUUCUACUCCUUCACGUUUUGGCUCUCUCUAUAAUUUCUUUGUGUCCUCAACUAACCGAACCGCAUUGCCAAAUAGCGUGGUCAACUCCGAAACUGGAGCUGACGUUGAUGAUGGCCAGGAGUUUUUAAAAUGGAAAAAUGGUGGUGGCCAUUUUCAUCAGUCAGCUUGUAUUGAUCCAACUGUGGUUAUCGAGAUUGGUGCGAUAGUUUAUCCGAAAUCCGUUUUGGGUGCAAAUGUUCAUGUUGGUUCAGGGACUGCUAUUGGCCCUUGUGUUAAAAUCGGCCAGUUUACAAAGAUUGGGUAUAAUGCUGCACUUAGUAACUGCAGUGUAGGUGAUUCAUGUGUAAUCCAUAAUGGAGUUUGCAUCGGUCAAGAUGGAUUUGGAUUUUUUGUCGAUGAGGAUGGCAACAUGGUCAAGAAGCCUCAAAUGUUAAAUGUUAGGAUAGGGAACCACGUGGAUAUUGGAGCUAAUACAUGCAUUGAUCGGGGCAGUUGGAGAGACACAGUAAUAGGAGAUCAUACAAAGAUAGAUAACUUAGUUCAGAUUGGACAUAAUGUAGUUAUUGGGAAAAGUUGCAUGCUUUGUGGACAGGUCGGCAUAGCUGGUUCAGUGAUAAUAGGAGACUAUGUAGUCCUAGGGGGAAGAGUAGCAGUGCGUGAUCAUGUCUCUAUCAUAUCAAAGGUGCGACUAGCUGCUAAUAGCUGUGUCACUAAGGACAUCAGAGAGCCUGGGGACUAUGGUGGCUUCCCUGCUGUUCCUAUUCAUGUUUGGCGAAGACAAAUUGCUAUUCAAUGCCGGAGUUCAAAAAAAGGGAAAUCCUAAGGUUUAUUAAAAGCUUAGGUCAUAGAAUUACAUAUGAUACUUGUCUUUCUAGUAGUACUUACUACGUUUACUUUUUUGAAAUUAAUUUGGGGGGAGGGGAUAGCAUGCUAACUUUCAUUCUGUCAAUAUAUUAUACUUUUGGCUUAAAUGAUAAGUAGAUGAGUCCUAUGUUAUGGACUCUUUUGUUGGCAAGACUUAGUGAAGCAAUUAGUUGGAACUUACCUAAAUGGAAUAUUAGUUACAUAAGGAUUUUUCUUUACAAA